AACCCGAACCGCAACCCUUCGAGCCAAGUCGCCGACUACGCAUUCCAACCACCAUGUUUGUGCAGCGCCAGGUUUCUCGCGCUGCCCAGCGCUUCACUGCGCAGGUCCGCGCCCAGUCCCAGCGCCGCUUCGCCAGCACCGAGACCGAGAACUCCUUCGUCCGCGAGCGCCGCCACGUCAAGGAGCACGCCGGUGCCACCACUGAGCUGUGGCGCAAGAUCUCCAUCUACGCCGUCCCUCCCGCCCUUCUCCUGGCCGGCCUCAACGCCUACAACCUCUGGAACGAGCACUGGGAGCACUGGUCGCACAUGCCCCCCCUCGAGGAGCGCACCGAGUACCCCUACCAGAACAUCCGCACCCGCAACUUCCCCUGGGGCAAUGGUGACCAGACCAUCUUCUGGAACCCCGAUGUCAAUUACCACAACAAGGACAAGACGACCUAAGCGACGAGACGAAGAUUAAUCCGGCGGUCGCUAGUGGAGAAUCAGUAUACAGCGGAGGUGUACACGUAGACGGGUCGAGGAGAGCAACACACGC